AUGGGCCAGCCGGACCGCAGCGUCCACUACCGCGCUUGCAACCUCUGCGAGGCUAUCUGUGGACUGGCCAUCGAGGUCGAGGACGGCCGUAUCACCUCGAUCCGCGGCGACGCCGAAGAUCCCUUCAGCCGCGGCCACAUCUGCCCCAAGGCGGUCGCCUUGCAAGACAUCCACGACGAUCCCGACCGGCUGCGCCACCCGAUGCUGCGGCGGGGCUCCGAGUGGCAGCGGAUCGGCUGGGACGAGGCCUUCGAUCUGGCCGCUGAGCGUCUACAAGAGGUGCAGCAGACCCACGGCCACGACGCCGUGGCGACCUAUCUCGGCAACCCCAACGUCCACAACUACGGCUCGCUGCUGUUCGGGCCGCCACUGCUGCGGGCGCUGCGGACAAAAAAUCGCUAUUCGGCAACCUCGGUCGACCAGCUGCCGCACCACUUCAACGCUCACUUCAUGUUCGGUCACCAACAGCUGCUGCCGAUUCCAGACCUCGACCGCACCGACUUCCUGCUCAUCCUGGGCGGCAACCCGGCGGUGUCGAACGGUAGCAUCAUGACCGCUCCGGACGUCAAGAAGCGCCUCAAGGCUAUUCGGCAGCGCGGUGGCCAGCUGGUGGUGAUCGAUCCACGGCGCAGCGAGACCGCGCGGCUAGCCGACGAACACCACUUCAUCCGCCCGGGCACCGACGUUUACCUGCUGGCCGCACUGCUCAACACGAUCUACGCCGAGGGUCUCGACGAUCCCGGCCGGCUGGCCGAGUUCACCCACGGUGCCGAGCUUCCGCGAAAGGCGGUCGCGCGAUACACGCCAGAGUCGGUCGCGCCGGUGACUGGCCUAGACGCCGGUACCAUCCGCCAGCUGGCCCGGCAGCUGGCCGCCGCGCCGUCGGCCGCGGUCUACGGCCGCAUGGGGGUCUCGGUCACCGAGUUCGGUGCCCUCGCCCAUUGGUUGAUCAACGUGCUGAAUUUUGCCACCGGCAACCUCGAUCGGCCCGGCGGCAUGAUGUUCACUCGGCCGGCCGCCGACACCCUGCCCGAGUCCUCGCCGGGGCGUUUCGGCCGCUGGCACAGCCGGGUCCGCGGCCUGCCCGAAUUCGGCGGCGAGCUACCAGUGGCAGCACUGACCGAGGAGAUCCUGACCCCUGGCGAAGGCCAGAUCCGUGCCUUGAUCACCGCCGCCGGCAAUCCAGUGCUGUCGACUCCUGAUGGCAGCAAGCUCGAACGAGCCUUGGGUGGGCUCGACUUCAUGCUGUCGCUCGACAUCUAUAUCAACGAGACCACCCGCCAUGCUGACCUGAUCCUGCCACCGACCGCGGCCCUCGAGCACGACAACUACGAUCUCGCCUUCCACCUGCUAGCGGUGCGCAACACGGCGCGCUACUCACCGGCGCUGUUCGAGCCCGCCGAGGACACUCGCCACGACUGGCAGAUCCUGGACCAGCUGGCUCGAAGGUUGACGCCCAAGGCUGGCCUGGUCAAAGACCUGAAGAGCGCCACCGAAAGCAAGAUCCGUCGCCAGCUCGGACCGGCCGGGAUGCUCGACCACCUGCUUCGACGUGGCCCCUACAAGUUGAAGCUCGAAGACCUGCAAGCAGCACCCCACGGCCUCGACUUCGGCCCGCUGGAGUCUUGUCUGCCCGGCCGCCUGUUCACCGCCAAUAAAAAGAUCGAGCUCGCUCCCGACGUAGUACUCGGCGAUCUCGAGCGCCUCGAACGGCGUUUCGCCGAGCUCGUCGAACCGCCGGCCUAUGUGCUGAUUGGCCGCCGCCAGGUGCGCAGCAACAAUUCUUGGAUGCACAACUACCCGCGCUUGAUGCGAGGCAAAGAUCGCUGCACUCUGCUGCUCCACCCAGACGACGCCACCGUACUCGGCGUGGCCGAUGGCGACCGUUUGUCGAUCCGCUCGCGGGUCGGCCAAAUCACCGCACCGGUCGAGGUCAGCGACGAGAUCAUGCCCGGCAUCGUCAGCCUGCCCCACGGCUGGGGCCACGGCCGGCCGGGGAUUGGGCUCACCGUCGCCAGCCAACACGCUGGCAUCAGCAUCAACGACCUGACCGACCCUGAGCAGCUCGAUCAAUUGAGUGGCAACGCGGCGCUGAACGGCCUGCCGGUCGAGCUCGAGGUCGCCACUCCGGCAACUCAGGCCACACCACAACCGGCUGAACCGGCGGCGGUAUGA